ACAAGAGAUUUAGAAGAAGUUUAUUCCUUGGAUACUAUGCCUCUGAUCCCUGAAAAUGUCUGCUAUCUUUUUGUGGAGGUUUCUAGUGUUGUUAGUCCAUCACAGUUUCAUGUUAUUUUACCAUUUGGAUCUAAAAGUGUUCAUGAAAUAGAUUCCCUACUGAAAAGAGGUACAUCUUUGGAAAGUUUGCUUAAUCAAGAGCCUAAAACAUUGUAUUCUGCAAUGAGUGAUCAUUACUCAAAGGCUCCUUUUAAGGAAAAUACAAAAGUUGCUUUAGCAUGUGGCAGCAUAGUAGUUGCCAAACGACAUCUGGAUGAAAAAUGGCACAGAGGCAGAGUAAUUGAUGCAACAGAUACUGCAGGGCCAGCUCAGAUAUUUUUUGUGGACUUUGGAGAUAAAGAAUGGGUUCCUCGAAAAUUGAUUCGAGAGAUUUUGCCUGAAUAUCUGCAUACACCAUUCCAAGCUAUAGAAUGUACAUUAUCUGAUAUUGAGCCUGUGAAUCAUGAAAAGGGUACAUUUUGGAGUGAAUCUGCAAUAAAAACUUUUAUGCAACUCGUAGAAAGGCAAGUGCUGAUAGCACACAUAACAUACAGGUUGGGUAAAGUUCUUCAUGUAACAUUGAUGAAAACGUCCAGAGAAAAUAAGUCCAGUGUAGGUGAUUAUCUUGUCAGUGCGGGUUAUGCGCAGUACCAAUGUCCCCAAAAAACGUCAUCAGCAAAAAAAGAAAUUUUAUUUAUACCGGGUUAAGUGUUUGUUGUAUAGUACUGUUCUUAGCCUGCUAUAAAAGUGCCUGAUAUAUAUUUUUUUUCUAGAAAAUGAAUGUUUUCUUUAUUUAUGUUAUAUAAACCUAGAUCUGAAUAAAUAUUUUUCUUUCCGUCUC